AUGGCAGGAAAGAAAGUGAACCGAAAACUCAUAUUGUUUGAUCUCCAGGCAUCACAAGCACUGCAAGACCAAGAGACAACCCGUGUUGAAAUUGAACCCCGUGGUGAACCUCAAACAGACGAAAGCGUCACAGAACAUGAAGUUUGUGUACAAGAGAUUUCCAGUGCCACAACAUUGCAGAUCACCAUCACGAGUACAAAGGAGAAAGCCCAAGACAUCCCAGCCGAUGAGAAACUAGAGACUGUUAUACCUGACAAAGAAACAGUCGAUGCAGGCACGAACAACCCAGUCAUCAACACGGAGGAAACAAACGAGUACGUUGAUCUCGAAGAUCAAAAAGCAACACAACCAAAGGAAACUCAAAAACAGACAGAACAUCAAACAACAACAUCUGAAGAGGUGAGGUUACAAAGCUCAGACACAAAUGAAGUUCAAUCUGCACAAGAAGCUAAAGAGAGCACCAACAAUCAAGACCAUCAAACACAACCAAAGGAGCCCAAUGAACAAGUGGAACAUGUUCUUCAAAUGCUGCAAGAAAAAAACAAGGACAGUGACGAUGAACAGCAAACUAAAGAGCAAGAGAAGGACCCAAAACCACCACUCAACGAAGAACACGUAGAACAAUCAGCAGUAACAAGUACAGAGAAACACGAAGAAGGCAACCAGAGAGAUACAACCAAUGAAACAAACACACAAAUUGUUCCAGAGAAAGAACCAGAAACUAUCGAAGAAAACCCUACACUGUCGUACGAUGCCAAUUCCCCUGGCAGAGGGGUCAGUGCCAACCAGGUCGAGACUGAAAAACAAGAUGGAAAAGACCACCAGCAAGACAUGACGGUUGACAAGGAAAAACAUGAUGCUAAGAAAAGCACAGACGACUCAAAUGAGGAUGGAGCAGAAACUGAACAAAAGGGUACAACGCAAAAAGAAGAACAUAACAUGUCGCAAGAAGCAGAAGGACAACAAGAAAGGAACAGCACUGGACAUGACAUAUCUUCUAGCAUCGAAGCAAGCAAGACAAUAGAAACUUAA